UUUCAGUACUUGCGAGAGCAAAGGGUAAAUGUACCAUCUUGACGACGACUACUUCGCAAGAUUCAACCAGCCGUCGUCCUCGUCAGUGCAGUUUCCAUCGGAAUCGUUACGGUACGGAGGCAGUGGUUUGGCCACUACAACCACGUUUGGUGCUGAAAACGACCCCCAAACUACUCGUUUCCGGUCGCAGUCGGCCGAUAAUCGAAGAUCAGCGUUUCAACAUCAGCCGAGAACAAUCUCGGAGGAUCACAUUCCAGAGCCGUGGAAUCAAGGACCACUUCGUACUGCUGAAGUGAACUUUCCGUCCCAACAACGAAGACCAGCUUCAACCACGCCCUGGUCGUCACAUUCAGAGUACCACUCGUCACAUAACCUGUCAGUACCCUCUUCCUUCUCGGAACACCUUCGCGAAAGAUCGCCAGCCAGUGGCUCUGCACUUCUCGACUUACUCUCUCGUUACCCGUCUGCACAGCACUCUGUGCAAAACUCACCAGCCGUGCAAGCCUAUAUCGACAGAAUUCACACGGAUCGGGCUCCACCGACACGAUCGUAUACCUAUCAAUCGUCCGAAUCUAACUUUCCACUAAUUGAGUAUUCAAUUCGCCAAGAAGUCCCAAACGGUGUUCGAUCGACAACUUCGGUUUAUCAAAACGUGGUUCCAAACGGAAACGGAUAUCCGUCUCAACAAAGAGUGCAAACAACCUUCACCUCGAACGGUCCGGUAACUUCUACUUUUCAUCGCGAAUACCACAACUCUACCCCGCAUCAAUAUCAGCACUCAAGUUCGCUUGGUGGUCCUCCUCUGCCACUUCCACGAGAGUCGUCAUUGCAACAGCAGCAGCAACAGGCGCACCCGUUCGAAAAUCGAUCUGAGUUUCAUCGUCAUCCACCGCCGCCGCCGCCGCCAUCUUCCUCUUCAUCUCAUCAAUUUUACAACAACGGAGUACCCGCACUCGCCUCAAGUGCGUCGUCCGGAGGUUUUCGUCAACCCGUGUUUCACGACACGGAUCAGUUGGAUAUUAUUGCUCAACGUCUCCUUGAUGACAACAUGAGUCGAAGCACAUCAGAAUGGAGCAAAUCGUUUGAACAGUUGCAGAAUCGGUUUCAAAAUUUGGAAAGCGAUGACUUGUUGAGUCCAUCCGCUUUUACGACCACUGGGUCAAUGACUUUGCCACGACGUGGAGCACAGCUGCCAAUUUCAAAGUCUUCAAGUAACUAUGAAAUGAAUAGUUCGCUUCUUGGAAGAGCGGUUGAACGAAGAGCAGCUGAAGCUCCAGAACAAAGAAAAUCCGGAGCAUUGGAUAAUUUCUGGAGUCAAACCAUCAGCUCGAGACCUUCUUCGCCAACAAUUCAGAGAAUUCCAACAAGUUUAACAGCAGCAGAACGACUUCAAAUGUUACAAGAACCAAUCGACACUGAAAAAAGGUUUACUCAGAGAGUUGGCAGUGGUCAAGGAGUUGCUGCAAGAAAAGCUGAGCUGAUGAGAGAACCAUCCGUCGAAUACACCGAGAAGCCGAGAACUCCAUUGAAUCCAGCUUUUCCGUCAAAUUCUUUCCUAAUUCCAAGUUUCAAUGAACUGGAUAAUGCUGUAAAUGAACUCUCAAGAACUGUUCGUGGAAAUACAUUUGGCGGAACAACAUUUGGAUCCGUGUCACCUGCACCUGUUGUUCACAAUGAUUCUCUAAACCGACGAGUUGGAGGUUGCGGUAGAUUUCCAACAGGUGAACACGCUUUUAGUCCCCCACCAAUUGAGGUGUCUAAGUCUCCUGCUUUGUCACUUCACCGGAAGCUGCACUCUCCAUCCCCAACAGAUGAGGUCAGCGAGAGCUCUUCAGUGUAUCAGAUUCCAACAGGACUUCCGCAUCCAAAACCGAAGCAUAAUGUGAAAGAACAACUUCAUUUAGCUGGAAUUCAUACUCCUGGCUAUCAAAUUUCGCGAACCAUGUAUCGAAACGGACCGAACUUCCCGGUGCCCUCGACCGGAAGUGUUGCCUCUCGGAUCACAGAAUUCGAAAAACGACCAGGCACUCCCGUUGUGCAACUCUCGACCACAACCGUCAAAUACAACGAGCAUGUACCAGUUGCGGCGACCGCUAAAGCUGUACCGCAAACCAAUGGCAAUAUGAGUCCACGGAGCGCGGUGUUUCGUGCCAAACCAGUCAUUCACGUGGACAUGGGCAGCACAUAUCAGCACUCGUCGCCGACACCGCCAAUCCGUCAUAUUCAAGUGCAUUCGGUUCAGAAUCAGAAUCAUCAACCACUGCAAAAUCAUCAAAACCACCAGUCCUACCUUGGGAAAGAGCAACAUAAUCACUACCGUCCACAGUAUCAGCAGCAGCCAAUUAAACAACACGACAUUGCGACCCAUUCGAUUUUCGACUUCAAAUCAAACAACGUAUCCGCCGCGUCGGCCACUCAAAUCCAAGCUGAUGUCACUCCAACCAAAAGUGCACAUCCAGCCGAGCUCAAUGUUGUUUCACCACCCAAACGAACUGCGUCGGUGCCGGCGUCUAGGUUGAAUUUGAACGGGACACUUGACAGUAAUGGAAAUUACGGAAGGAAAUCAGCAUCUCAGUCGGAUCUCAAUUACUCUGCGGAGCUGUCGGUCGCUGCUCCAACUAGGCACGCAAUUCCGGAGUUGGAUUUAACGUUUGACAGUUAUAAUGACGAGCAGUACAGGCCUACUCCAAAACCAACACAAGUGAUCAGUAGGCCUCUUCCACCAAAACCACAGGCGCCAAAGGAACCAAUCUACUACCCACAAGGUAAACCGGUGCCACAACUGCAAAACGACACUGCUUUACGGCGAGUGUGUGAAGUCUUCCGAUCAGUUCCCAAUCAAAAGUGUACACUCGAGAACAUGCCAGCAGUGUGCGAGGCUGCAGGACUGCCAAUGUACUGGAAGAUGCCCGUCUUCUUAGCAAUCACCAACGACGAAGACCGCCUGGCAACGCAAGUUGACUUCACCUCGUGGUGGAAGGCGAUGACAUCUGUUGCACAUGAUGAAGCUGCUAGAUUUGUGUACACACUGACGAUGGGAUCCAGAAGUUAUCUCCAGCCAGAAGAUUUUUACGAGAUGCUCAUGGACGUUAUUCAUACGCAUCCUGGAUUGGCGUUCUACAGAGAUGCAACCGAAUUCCAUGACAAGUAUUGUCAAGUUGUGAUGACUAGAAUAUUCUGGAACGAUGCACAUUCCUGGUCGGGAAGAUUGACAACGGAAAGGUUACGAAAGGGAGGUGUACUUCAAGCGAUCAGGAAUUUGCAAUUUGAUGAUGAUAUCAACAAAUCCCUCAGAUAUUUCAGUUAUGAACAUUUCUACGUGGUGUACUGUAAAUUCUGGGAAAUCGACUCGGAUCAUGAUCUCAAAAUUUCGAGCACCGACUUGGCUCAACACGCUGGUGGAGCUCUCGUACCUAUGGUUGUAGAUAGAAUAUUUUCGGGAGCAGUUUGUACCAAUCCAAAUCGUGGGCAACCAGUAGAAGAUAUUGGGCUGGCAGAGUUUACACAAUUUUUGCUCGCCGAAGAAGAUAAGACACAUCCAACGAGUAUCGAAUACUGGUUCCGAAUCUUGGAUUUAGACGGCGACGGUCUUGUGACACUUUAUGACAUGGAACUAUUCCAUACUCAAGUACAGAGAAAGUUAGCCGCCGAAGGAAUCGAUUCGAUGGGAUUCGCAGAUGUUGCUUGCCAGCUCAUCGAUAUGCUCAAUGUGCCCGGAGGUGUAUCCGCAUUUAGGCUCAGCGACUUGAAAAAGUCUUCAUUGCGAGGAAGGUUUAUCAACACCUUCGUGAACUGGAGGAAGUUCUUCGCCCAAGAAACAAAUGAAGGAUCAGAGUCACCAAGAAUUGAAGACGAGGGAGGUCAGGAGUUGACAGAGUGGGAUAGGUACUGUAUUGAAGAAUAUGAAGCAAUGAUGGAAGAUGAUCAGGCUGAUGCUGAAACGAUAAGCCUCAAUCUGGAAGAAGACGAUGGUCGUUCUAGCUUAGCCUACCAUGAUGUUCUCUGAUGUGCCAUAACCCACUUCAAAGCAUAUCGUCAUCGAAAUAAACAAAAGGGUCUCCAAAUGUACGGUCAUCACUUGAAAGUCAUCAAAUUUUUUUUUAUUAAAAUUUCUAUUCCCGUCAUACUUGCAAAUCCAUCCUGUCAAUCAAAUGUUCUGUAAACUUUUGUUUUCCUUUUCCAUUAAUCUUAAUUAUUAGUCUUGUUUUCUCACUUUUCUCAUGAUUUCUUCAUUCCCCAAAUGUUCACGAAAAUCCUCCUCCUCUUAUGUUAUCAACAACAGUUCAUUUUUGCAUAGGUUUAUCAGAUACGCUGUUGAUAAACGUGCUCUCAAAAAUACACAAUUUUCUUUCUAGAAGAGAAUCAUACCUUUUUGUCCCAAAACACAGACACACAUUUUCUCAUGUUCAAGAAUUAUUUAUGUUUCUCAUCAAAUUUCUCAUUCACGGUGCUAUGCUUUUGAAACAACAUUUGUUUUUUUUUCCUAAAGAUUUUUAAACAUUACUUUUUUUUAGAAAAUAUUUUAAGUUUGUUUCAUAAUAUUCAGACAGCAAGAGCUUGAAAAUAGCAAACAAAGUUGGCUAGCUGUACGGAAGUUAACAAAAACUGCAGUACCUAACCAACAGCGGUUUUUUUUUCAAAUUUAAAAUGACGGGAGAAUCAAAGGUAGCGUUACUUUUUUCUUUCAUAAAACUGUUCAAA